GCAGGAAGCUGGUUCCUGACCCGAGGUUUACUGGGUAAUUCGGUAGAGUUACAACUGCCUGCGAAACCGACGCCGCUGUGCAGCAGCGGGCGUUCGAGUCCUCCUGUCUGCUUGUUCGAGACUCCAGAAGAUGUCAGCUCAAGGCCAUGCCUGGUCCCGACAGGUGAAGAAGGAGGAUGAAGAAGAGGACCCACUGGACCAGCUCAUCUCCCGCUCCGGCUGUGCUGCUUCCCACUAUGCAGUGCAGGAGUGCAUGGCCCAGCACCAGGACUGGAGGCAGUGCCAGCCACAGGUGCAGGCCUUCCGGGACUGCAUGAGUGAACAGCAGGCAAGGCGACGGGAGGAACUGCAGAGGCUGAAAGAGCAAAGCAGCGCCCACCGCUGAGACCCCAAACCACCUAUCCCCAGAGGAUGGCCCUGCAGAAACUAACACCCAGACAGAUCAUGGGAGAAAGAAAUCCUGAACAGUGGAAGUUUGUGCCAAGAACUCUAAGACUUGGGGAUAGUAUUUGGGCCCGGGGCUGAGAGCCAGGCAGCCAUGGGGUUGGACAUGAGCUAUCAUGUUGAGAUCCCACACAUCCUCAUCCAUAUUGUGUCAACAAUAUUAAAUAUUGACCAGUAUUUGCCAUGUAAAAUAGUGGGGUUAAGGGAUGCUCCCCUAUGCUACAUCUUGGGUCAGUGUGCCAAGUACUGUGCUGAUUACAUGGACAUUUAAUUUUAAAGUAAAUUCACAAUCUAAAGGUAAAUUUGUUUUAUGAGACCUCAUGUGCCAUGCACUGUGUAGGAAACUGAUGUAAUGCAAAUAUAUC